AUGUUGUCGUCGCAAAGCAUCUCGGCUGGGUCUGAGCGACACCGACCCCCGCUCAACCGGCGAAGGGAUAAACCUCAAUUGUCUUGUAACCUCUGCCGCCGCCGCAAACUUCGUUGUGAUAGACAGCAACCCUGCCAAACAUGCUCCCACCGUGGCCUUCCCUGCACAUAUGCCAACAAUGGACCUGCAUCUGCAGGAAUUGCCCGGCAUAAUGCUUCAUCACGACCGCAGAUGAAUUUACAAACUCGACUGUCUCAACUUGAAGACCUAGUGAUCUCAAUUAUGGACAAUUCAAGCCCAGCGGAUGAAAAUUUGCUCUCAAAUGAUCUUCAAGGAAGCAGCCUAGAUCAUCCGAUAUCAAGGGAACUGGCACACAAAGACCAGACCACGCUAAUCGAUAAUUAUGAAAACUCCUCCAAGACCCCCGAAAGCGGCAGUAUUCGCGUCAGUGCGUCCGAGUCUCGCUAUGUUGGGACCGGGCAUUGGGCUUCAAUCCUGGACAGCAUAGCCGAGCUUAAGGAUCACUUGGAAGCGGAGGAAGAGACACAGACAAGCAGUGCGGCGUCGGUUUCGUUAUCUACUACUGAUGACUAUAUGGAAAUGCCGCUGUUAUACAAUAAUAAGCCCAUCUCAAUAGUUGAUAUUGUUGGCUCAAUCCCCUCUAAGCAGAUUGUGGACCGAUAUAUCUCAUAUUAUUUCAAUUCAUUAGACUUCGCAUCCGGCGCGGUUCAUACCGGAAAGUUUUUGAGAGAAUAUGAAAGAUUCUGGCAGUCGCCAUCUGAGACUCCAGUCAUGUGGCUGGGACUACUAUAUUCAAUCAUGUGUAUGGCAGCCAUGGCAUCGAAUUCGCUAAGUAGAUCCGAAACAGAUGAUCCCACGACAUCGAUUAACCAUUAUCGAGAAAAGACUGCACAAUGCUUGCUUAUGGGGAGAUAUGCCAACGGUGGCCCCUAUACAUGGGAGACUCUUUACCAAUAUGUCAUCAUCGAGCUGUCUUCGCGAAGAGAUGUCGCCUCGAGCAUCGGUAUUCUUCACGGAAUAGCAAUGAAUCUUAUCCUUCAAAUGGGCUAUCACAGAGACCCAUCUCAUUUCCCCAGUAUCUCACCCUUUGACGGGGAGAUUCGGCGCAGAAGCUGGGUCAAGUCGAUAGAGGGCGAUCUGCAGAUGGCUAUGAGGACAGGCAUGCCCCGUAGGAUCGUCGACGGCCACUGGGAUACUGAGGAGCCGCGCAACCUUCAUGAUUCCGACUUUGACGAGGAUUCAAAAGAACUUCCUCCCAGCAGACCCGAGUCUGAGAUGACAAUUGUUCUACAGCUCAUUGGAAGACGCCGCAUGCUCGUCGCUGUUGGCGCUGCAGUCGAUCUGUCCACUUCUGUAAAGCCGGUACCUUACUCCGAAGUGCUUGCGGUGGAUCGCAAAAUACAAGAGGCAGAAGAGAGCCUUCCUGCGCCGCUGAAAAUAAGGUCUCUAGAGGCGUCCAUCACGGAUCCACCGCAGUUGAUAUUCCAAAGAUUUUACCUCGCCCUUAUGUUCCGUACAGGCGAGUUGAUGAUCCAUCGCAAGUAUCUAAGUGUCGAUACGGAGAAGGACAGUUUUUCCUACUCUCGUAAAAAAUGCCUUGAUGCCUGCUUGUCGAUCCUGACCAUUCAGCAUACCCUUGGCGAAGAGACUGCUGUCGGCGGUUUGUUGCACCCAGUGAGCUCUAGGUUGUACUUAACGGGCAACCACUAUUUCCUCACAGCUUGCAUGACGCUCUGUGUCGUAGUACAUAGAGGACUAAGUUCAGCCGGGAAUGAUCAUGCUCAAGCUCGGGAAGAAGAUAUCAAAAACGCACUAAAGAAGUCUCUCAAUGCUUGGAGGCAGCGCGAAUCUACGUCGAGGGAGGCCCAUAUUGCUGCAGAAUCUAUCAGCCAUAUACUCAAGAAAAGCGUUUGGAUGGAGGAAGUACCUCCGAGCGCAGAGCAGCCAUCUUUAUGGGAUAAUGUGACCGAACCCGAACUCUUUGGAGGUUUGUUAUGGCCUGAAGCGGACACAUUUAUCGAUGCCCCAUUUACCAUGUACGGCAACGAAUGGGAUGGAGGGAUAUUUUCUUGGUUUGCAGAUUCUUCAAGAGGUGGCAUCUGA